AUGCGUGCCCCUCCCUCACUACUUCGACAACUCACACGGGGCCUACCGGGCCCUGCGCCGCAAAGAAGCUUUGUAACAUCGGCCCGACGGCUUCAGGUCAACUAUGUGAACACGCUUAAGCAGUCGAAUCCCGCUUUACAGCCAGAAGCCGCCAACUCAAGCCUGCAGGAUGAGGCAUUGAAGACACCUGAGUUGUCGCGUGAAUGGUAUGCGACCCGCAAUGGAGGUAGUGACCUGAAGCCGUUCACUUUAGAGGUUACGACACCAGCGAGCGCACAGGAGACCCCACUUGGAAUAUCCUUUGCAGCUCCUGGUGUCCCAGAGAAGUCUUUAGAAUGGGCAUACCUUCGCGAUCUUUGCAAAUGUCCCCAGUGUGUGGACCGUCAUUCAAAGCAGCGGUCUUUCCGCACAAAUGAUAUCCCCGCCAACAUUCGACCACGCCAUGUUAAGUGGGAUGGUCAACAUUUAGAGAUUCAGUGGGCCACUGAUACCCCUGGUGCGAGUCCAGAUCAUAUGUCGCGAUGGCACCAUAGCUACCUUCUUAAUCCCACGAUCAACACCCACAGCCUUGUCCCCAGAUCCAAGAGGCCCACAAUUUGGGACCGCAAGUCUAUGAAUAAGCUUCAGCACUGGGUCUCAUAUGAAGAUUACUUGACCGAUAACUCCAAAAUGGCUGCCUCGAUGCGAAAUUUACAACGCAUGGGCCUCAUAUUCAUCAAGGAUAUCCCCGAAUCCCGCGAAGCAGUUGAGAAGAUUGCGACACGUAUGGGCCCACUACGCAACUCUUUCUAUGGAAUGACCUGGGAUGUGCGCACAGUCCCAAAGGCCAAAAACGUGGCGUAUACCAGCCAGUUCUUGGACUUUCAUAUGGACUUAAUGUACAUGAAUGAGCCGCCCGGAUAUCAGCUCCUGCACUGCUUGCAGAACUCUUGCGAAGGAGGCGAGUCGCUAUUUGCCGAUUCUUUCCGCAUCGCCGACAUUAUGAAGCAAGAUCGCCCUGAAAUGUACAAUGAACUCACAGAGCGGACUUUGGGCUAUGAGUAUGUGCAUGAAGACCAGACCUAUUACAACCGCCGACCCGUUUUCGAGCUAGAUGAAGAAACCAAAAUCCUUCGACACGUCAACUACUCACCUCCCUUCCAAUCUGCUCUUCCGGUUGACAAAAAUAAUUCAUUCUUGCCACUUAAGCAUGCCUUGGACUACUUUACAGAGAUGCUGGGGCGUAAGGAAAAUGUCUUUGAUUUGAAAUUGAACCCGGGCGAAUGCGUGAUUUUUGAUAAUCGUCGUAUUGUCCAUGCGCGUCGCCAAUUCAAUACAGCGACUGGCUCACGAUGGCUGGCGGGCGCUUAUGUGGAUACGGAUGCUUUACUCUCCCGCUUUGCCGUGACUGAGAGGAAAUACCCUGAUGUAUGGCGAGAUACGGAUCCAAUGAUUGGAACCCAAAAUUGA